ACAAUCUUCAAAAAAUCUAUCACAAUUCAAUUUUUAAAAGUUCAGUUUUAAAUUUUAUUACAAUUAAAAAUUUUCAUAAUAAUGAAAAUACUAUCAAUAACACUAGAAGAAUUAAUGCACAUCAAAAUCUUAACAAUAAUUUCUUACCUUCUAUUUUUAUUAAAAACUUUAAAUCUUCCUUAAUAAAUGUUAUGGAUUAUUCUAAUUUUAUACUAAAAUAUCCAAUCAUUUUAAAUGAUUCAAUAGUUUCCAGUAAAAUUAAGAAAUUGAACAAUUUAAAUAAUUUAAAUGCUCAAAAAUUAGGUUCUUUGUUAAUUGAAUUUCCAAAUUUUAUCAAUAAUAACAAUAACAUCAGUAACUAUAAUAACAGCAAUAACAGUAGUAUUGCACUAAACGAUAGCAACGAGUCAAUUGAUAUUGAACAAUCAAUCGAUCCUAUAUCCUUCAAUAAUUAUUCAUCUUUGAUCAAAUUUCAAAGUAUUCUAUCAAAUAACUUUAAUAUAAAUUUCAAUUUAACUAAAUCUAAUAAAGAAAAUCCUUUCAGUGAAAAUGAUGAAAUUUUUAAUAAAUUAAAUAUUAUAUUUUUUAAUAAUUUACCAAAUUAUAAUAAAAAUAUAAAUAAGUUUUUGGUCAAAAACUCCAAACCAAAGUUUUUGACUCGUUAUUGGAUUUUGAUUUUAAUUUUAUUGAAAGUUGGACCAAACCAAUUUGUUAACUUAUUUCAUAAUUACCCACUAAUUAUUUCGUGGAUCAAAGUUAAUUUAAUCGAUAGCUUGAUUGGCAUUUAUCACAGUUGGUUAUUAAAACCACUUCAAAACAUUUUCAAUACAAUAAAACAUGAUGAUAAUUCGAUGAUUGCAUUAGUUAGCAAUAAAUCAUUAGAGAGUGACUUGGAAUCAUUAGAAAGAAUGGUUUCUGAAUUUAUUCAAGAUGAAAAAUUGACUCCAAAAUAUAACAAUUAUAAUUCUAUUAACAAUUCAUCUCAAGAUGUUGAUUUAUCUUUAGUCAUGAAGUCUUAUGAAAAUGAAUUAAAACAACCAAUUAAGAAUCUUUUGGUGGGUAAUUUAUUAAGAAACAUAUUGAUUCAAAUUCAAAAAUUGAAAACAGAUGGGCUAAUUGCAGCUAACGGAAUUGAUAAAUUGAUUAAAUCUCAAGAGUUGGUGUUCUACUUGAUUGCUGGAUCACCCAGUUUUUUGAUUUUGCUCUGGUUAUUGCAAAACUUUAAGUUGUAUUUGAAAAAAGGUUAUGUUAAUGUUUUUCAGAUCAAUUUUUCCAAGUAUAAAUUAAGAACUUUGCAAAAUUUAAACAACAUUGAAAGGUUAUUAAUCAUAUCAUUAAAUGAACUCGAUAAUAAUAAAAAUAGUGGUGGCAGUGGUAAUAACAAUGGUGAUGUGUAUUUUAUUGAAGGAAUGUUGUUGUUAGAGAUUUUAUCAUUAAAGAAAAAUGGGUUAAAUCUUCUUUCAAAUGACCGAAAAAAUGAAUGGUUAAGAGACAUUGAGGAUUUAAGUAAUCAAAAUCUUAAAGUAGAAUUAAGAUUAAAAGUUAUAAACAAAAUCUAUAAUGUUUAUAGAAGCUAUUUGUAUUAGGAUGAUCAUUAAAUUUCAAAUAGGCAAGUUAACAAUUCAUGUUAAGAAUUAUUGAUGGUGAACGUUCGUAUGAAAACCAUAGUCAAAGUCUGAUAAAGUAUAUAAAGCUUUACAUAUUAGUAUGUAAAUAGAAAUAAGCUAAAUAAAUAAAAAUUAUGUAAACA